AUGACUCAGCUGUCGGACGCACAGUUUCUCAUAUUAAUCGAUACGAUUAAAUCGCUGGCACCGCAACAAGUCGAAACUGAGCAGCAGUCGAAGGGCAGCUUUAGCAAUUGCUCGGCUCGAUUCAGUGGCCAGCGGGAUCAUGAUGCCGUCGAUGAGUUCAUAACGGCAGUGGAAACGUACAAGGAGGUGGAGGGCAUCAGCGACAAGGAUGCACUGAAGGGCAUCUCGCUGCUAUUCGACAGCGUUGCCGUCAUGUGGUGGAGGGGCGUGCGACGCGAAGCAAAGACCUGGGAAAGUGCUCUACAACUGCUGCGGGAUCACUUCUCGCCCACAAAGCCCUCGUAUCUCGUCUACUUAGAAAUCUUCGAGAUGAAGCAGAAUGAGGGCGAAGUCAUCGAUGCGUUCAUAUGCAAACAGCGCGCUCUGCUCGCCAAGCUGCCGGAGGGGCGCCACGACGAGGAGACUGAGCUGGACUUCAUCUACGGCCUGAUGCUGCAAAAAUACAGGGAACACAUUCCACGGCACGAAAUCAAAUCCUUUCGAGAACUGCUCGAACGCGGCCGCACAGUGGAGCGCACGAGGCAUUGAAAUCUUCCUCCAAUAUUUAGUCUUUAAUUAUUAACUAAUUAAAUUAUAUAUGUAGAUUUGUAAA